AUGCAGCAACCAGGCUUAAAGCCUGGAUUGCUGCAAAAAUACCAGGCGGCAAGGACUGCGGAUGACAAAUGGGCCCUAUUGAAAGCAUUCAUGUUGGACCCAAGUAUGCAGUCGGUGGAGGUUGAAACAAUGUACACAGACCAAGCAGAACACGAUGAUGCCUCGCAGUGGGUGGAACUGCCCCUUUCCCAACUACGCAAACUUUACACAAGCCCUGAGGAGAAAGCCUUCCUUGAACGGGAAAUCAUAGGAAAACAGGGAGGCCGACCGCAUCCCCAGGAUUCAACAGGCCAAGACAAGGAAAUGCGCAUGUACUGGGCAUUUCGAGAGGCCACCGACACCAGCAGAAACAAGCAGGCAAUUGGGACAAAAUUGUCAGCACGAGGAUCAAUUCCCGACAACAAAGCAGCAAGGCAAACACUUGCAGACGGCUUGGCUGCCGCGGCAACCACUUUGGAGGAAAAGGUUCCACUCCACGAGUUGAGCCAGCCCCUAAGCACAAAGGAAAGGGUCAAUCAAAAGGUAGAGGAGGGAAGCCCACUACACCAAAGGCAAGGAUUGAUUAAAAUUCUGAUCCUCAUCAAUUGCAUGAAAUGA